GAAUACUGCAGGCAGACAGCACAAUAAUCCGAGAGAAGCCACAGAUUAUGCGCCUGUUCAUCCAUGAAGCACAACGAGUUUUCCAUGACAGGCUAAUUAACAAUGAGGACAAGAUGUUUUUCCACAAUAUUAUGGCAGAGAUGACAGCAAAGCAUUUCAAUGAAAGUGUUGAGCCAAAAUCAUUUGUAACAUCUCCCAUUCUGUUUGGAAAUUUCAUAAAAAUGGGUUGCGUCCAAAAUUCUGCCUGUAAUAAACUGAUUUUCUCUGUUCAAGAAAUGUCUAUGAUGAUUUCUGUAAUAAAUAUAUUCUAUGUAUACAAAGGAAAAUGUGUCCAAGAUGUGUGUGGAGAUCCAUGUGUCAGUGACUGA